AUGAGCAAGCCAUCCAUGAGCGAGCACCUGCUGGAAAGCACCCGCGAGCUCUACCAGCGCGCUACAGAAUGCCAGUUCCUCGAGCUCGCGGGCAAGGGCCGUCUACCCCGUGACCAGCUCUGCCAGUGGCUGUCGCAGGACCGGCUCUACGCCCAGGCCUACGUCCGGUUCAUCGGCGGGCUGAUAUCGCGGCUGCGGCUGCCCAUCGGCGUGGAGCCCAAGGGCACGAACGCGACCCUGCAGUGGCGGAUCCUCGCCCUGCUGCAAGGGUGUCUCGCGGGCAUAAUGAAGGAGCUGCAGUUCUUCGAGACGACGGCCAAGAACUACGACCUGGACCUCGAGGCCGUGCAUGACGACGUGGGCGACCCUGAGGCCAAGAAAUUCGGCCCUUGCAAGGCCACGCAGGAGUACAUCGACCUCUUCGACUCGUUCACCGCCCGGUCGCCGGACAGUCAUCGCAAGUCGCUGCUGGAUGGCCUGGUGGUACUGUGGGCGACCGAGAAGGUCUACCUGGACGCGUGGACCAACGCCAAGAAGCAUAGCCACGAGCAGCCGGAUCUGGAGAAGGACCUCGACGGAGGGGCGCUGCGGAAGGCGCUGAUUCCCAACUGGACGUCGGACAUGUUCCGCGUCUUUGUCAGCGAGAUCCAGAUCUGCUUGGAUCGGUACGCGGCGAGCCUGAGCGAGGACACGGAGGAGGUUGGCGCGGCCACGUCGAUGACUAUGUUCAAAAAGGUGCUCGUGCUGGAGGAGGGCUUCUGGCCGGUGGUUGCGAUGGACUGA